AUGAAUGGAGCUGGUAAGUUUGAACCGAGUUCGAGUAAGAUAGUUUUUGAGGACAGCGAAGAAGAUCUCUCGUGUUCAUCUGUGUCUUCUUCAGAUGAGGAAAUACAUAAAUUGCGAGCYGAUGGUUCUCGUGCAGCUCCAAGUAAAAAACCAAGUCAAGUGAAGAAAACGGGUCGUGCAAACAAAAACAGACCAAUGGAGUUAAGUUGUAGUAAACCUGUGUCUCGAUAUAGAGAGGUAGUUCAUGUUCCAAAGAAGGUGGUUCGCGAUCCUCGCUUUGACUCAUUGGGUGGAAAACUUGAUGUUGAGGGGUUCAGGAAACGAUACAAUUUCUUUUUCGAGGACAAACUUCCUGUAGAAAGAGAGGAACUGAAAAAGCAGCUAAAGAAAACAAGGGAUCCAGAGCAGGUCCACGAACUAAAGAACCGGUUAAGUUAUGUUGAGAAAUGGUUGAAAUAUGAUCCAUCAACAAAUAACAAAGGGAAAGCAAUACUAACAGAACACAAAAAGAAAGAACGAGAAGCGGCAAAAGAGGGGAAACAGCCUUACUAUCUCAAGAAAUCGGAAAUUCGAAAGCAAAUGCUCAUUGAAAAGUACAACAGUCUCAAGGAAUCUGGGAAGCUUUCAUCGUAUAUUGACAAACGGAGGAAGAAGAAUGCGACAAAGGAUCACAGGUACAUGCCCUAUCGUCGAGCCAGUGCCUCGGAGCAAUAG